UUUUUUAGCGAACGAAAAAAUCCUGCUGCUGCGAAAUAACGUGACGUGCGUGUAUCGUGUACUCGCGGAUCGUGUGCUUUACACGAGUCGCGCUCUCUCCCACGACGUUUAUCUACGUACGCGAACUCGCAUCGUAACACGUCGCAAGAAUAGAAGUCGUAUCCUUCCCUCCCCCUUCUCCUCGCGUGUAAUACGAGCCGACUCCCUGAUAUAGCGCGCUUUCUCUACGGUGCCACGGCUAUUUUCGGCACCGUGUCGUCUCGUACCCUCCCCGAAAUUCUCGCGGAAAUUAUCCUGGGAUAAUCUUCGUUUUUAGCUGCACCUUUCUCGCCGCGUCUCCCUCCCGCUCGCGUCUCCGGCGCGAAAAGUGCAGAAAAGUGCAGCUAAAAGCUGACGUUGUACGACUCGUGGAAAUUUCCACGUGAGCCAAGUUCGCGGAAAUUCGAUGACGAAUCAUCAAUGCCCCGUUCGCUUUACGCAUGAAACGAUUCGUAUAACCUAUUUCAAAUAUCGAAGAGGUCGAACUCUUCCGAUCGCGCGAGAGAAUAUUUAGCUCCGCCGAGGACCUUUGGAGAAGAGAGAAAUUUUGAGAGACACGUGCGAGAUGUCGUUCCGACAUCGUUUGAUCGGGGGAUAAUUUUGAGGUUAUCCAGCGAUCGGAAUUCUCGGCAUCGGGUGCUCCGAGGGAGUUACUUUGAACGACGGGAACAACUGCGUGUUCCACGCGUGUGCACUUUUUCAUUCGGCGGUUAUUUUCGGCCGCCUCGGUGAGUGUGUCAAAGGGCAAGGCUAGGCAGCCUCGAGGAGACUGUUCUGCGGGAGCCCUGCCAGUUGGCUCUCGACUGCGCUAUGUGACGGGUGACACGCGCGACAGCCGGUGACGCCUAGAGCCAGAGAGCGACAGACGUUUCGGAAAUUUUCUCGCGACGUCCAGAGACACCAGUGGUAUCACGAUACGUCGCGCUGGAACAGUGAUAUAAGAGGAACCCACGUUUGCAUCUUGAGUUUUUCAGUCUCGAAGACAGGCGUCCGUCGUCCUCUUCUUCCCUCUUCCUGUAACAAUCGACUACUGUAAUAAUCGCUAUGAAUAUUCCGGAGGGUGUUGCAAAAUGCGUGGCCGUAUUGAAGGCGGUGGACACUGACUCGGAGAAGUUUGCCGCGCUGUUCAUGGUUACCAAGCUCGUGGACGGCAAGGAUUGCACACCGGCUGCCAAGAGGAUGCUCUUCGAAGCCAUAGGAGCCAAGUUCCUCAGAAAGUUGCUCUCUACCAAAAGCGUGCCCAUGGACUGUCCGCCACAGGUGUACAAAUCCGUGGCGUUGUCCGUCCUUUCCGCCUUCUGCCGAGAGGCCGAGCUAGCCUCUCAUCCGGAUAUGGUGGGACAUAUCCCGGCGCUCCUCGAGAUAGUGUCGCAGGCCGACGAGGAUGCACCGGACGACACGCUCAUCAUCGUCAGCGAAGCUUACACUUGCUUGCAGUGCAUCGCGCAACAUCUUCCCGGGCAGAAAGCGUUGCUCGAGCAGAAAGCGAUCCCAAAGAUGUGCGACAUUUACGCGGAGAAGAGCUUUCAGACGGACGAGGCGUUGAAUAUCCUCGUCACGUUGGUCAACAGUUUCGGAUCGGAAGCCUGGGACUCGACGGACAUCGCACCUUUCCAUACGAUAAUCAACAAGAUAGCCCUGGACUUCGAGACUGAUCAUACGGAGAGAAAAUUCGAGCUGUGUAUCAUUCUGCAGGCUCUGUUACAAUCUUGCAGGAAGGAUAUGAUUUCUUUCGCCACUGCAAAGGAGGAAUCUUGGCCGCUAAGUAUUCACAAAGGUCUGAGUGAUAUUUUGGGAUCGAAAAUAAGCAAGAAGCAGCGCGAUCCAGCCUUGAAACUCACGUCCGUGAUGAUGGAUUUGCUGGGGGCUGAUUGGGCCAUGAUCGAUAAGGAUAAACCAAAGAUUUAUUUUCUAUUGCUUAUUCAAUUAGCGUCGAUCGAGGUCAGGAUGCAGUUGGAGAACAAACAAUUCAAGGAUGUGAUCGCCAACGCCGAUUUGAUCACGGCAUGCUUCAUCAUUCUCGAGGUUUCAAUCAGCUAUAUCGUUACGGAUCAAUUGGAAUUAGAACAGAAGGAGAAACAAUCAUUGUACACGGCUCUGAAAGGCGCUUUCGCGACCGUUAUCAGUAUGCUGAGCUCCGUGUCGAAGAUGAAGGCGUUGACGGAUGUGAAAGAAAAGAUCUUUGUAUGCGCUCUCGUCCGUGUACUUACAGCCUGGCUGGCGCAAGAAACGAGCGCGAUGCGUCCUCAGGUUUACGCCGUAUUGCCAUACGUGUUGACGAUUGCCAACGAUACUUUUUAUGCGCAUCGAAACAGGAAGUUGGCUGAAAAGGCCAAGUCUAAAGCUAAAGCGGAUGAGGGGACGUCGACCAGCGAUCCGAUCGUUCACGAUCCAAUGAGCGAAGUGGACAUACUGAGACUACUGUUGCCCGCUUUAUGUUACCUGGCCGUGGAAGAAACCGCCCGAAAAAUUCUCCUUCAGCACAAACAGGACGAGGUUCUGUUCGAGUGUCUAUCCUAUCACUGGACCAUCGUACAUUAUAAGAGGCCACCGGUGCCGAGGUCGGAGCGUUUGAAGCUUCUGCAGGAUGGAAAUCGCACGGAGGAGCUGGACUCGCAUGUUUUGGAAGAAAUGAAGGAUUCGAGAACCGCAAUGGUAUCCAUCUGUAACGUCCUGAUGAAUAUUACCGUGCUGGAAUCCAAGAUGGUAGAAGAGUCACCGACAUUCAUCUCGCUGUUAAAAUUCAUCUACAACAAUCUACCGGAGUUGAAACAGAUCCCGGAGAAUCUCGUCCUGCACGGCCACCUGGCGGUCCUAGGUCUGUUACUGAUGAAGCAGCAGGCAAAACGUAUUAAGAAGAAUGAUUUCUCGAUACAUUGCCGUUACAUUCAGGCCAUCAUAAGAUUCUUGUGGGACGCAUAUGUCAUCGAUGAGGGCAACGACCCCACCGAGCUGGUGGUCUCCAUGUCGUACAAGGAACAUUGGAUGGAGCUGAUGGAGCUCUGGUUUCUAGGUAUGCAAACGAUGGCCGGGGUGUUGCAAGUGAUACCUUGGCUGUCGCAGUUUACGGUAGAAUCCGGCUGGGCGGAGGACAUCAUCGAGACGCUGAAGCGAGUGAAGAUCGGUGGUUUGGAACCGAACGUCAAGUCCGCCUUCGAAGAUCUGCUAUGUCACUUGGCGAAGGCCGACGAUAGCGUCGCGACGGUGCUGAAAAAAAGCGGCGCGUUAGUCGUCUGUCGUAAUCAUCGCAUGAUGGAGCUUGGAAAGCGUCUUUUUGGGGAUUAGGACUGAGAAUGUUACUAUCCCAUAGCUUUUACUUGAUUUUUGUAUUGCGCGAAUAAUGUAAAGAAAUUUGAUAUAAAAUUGAAAUUGAUCGAGAGACAGGAUAAUUAAUCCAACUUUUGUACAAAAAAAAAAAAGGUAGCUUUGUAAGUAGCUUUUCUAAUAUUUUACGCGUUUACUUGAGUUUAUUCUUAUAUCUAUCUCCUCUCUCGCAUAUGUGAUAUUCGAAAAACGUAUGCACGCGUAGUCCAGUGUAAAUUUAGACGGCAUCACGUCUGGAAAUAGUUUCCUGGCAAGCAAGAAAGAAACGUCUCGUUUGACUUCGCGCAUAUCACGAAGGUAUUACUUGAUUUUACACGAUUCUUUACAUAUUGUACACUUUGCUUUAUCUACGAGUUGUAAUCAGGUGUACUUUUUUUUUUUAUUUUGCUAUGUACAUUGCGAAGAUUGUUUGUGUUAAUAUUAUUAUGAUUUUGAAAUGCCUCGAUGUGACAAGAGAUUUUGUAACGACAGAAAACACUUUCCUAUUAAACGGAAGAAUUUUUUAAA